AUGAAGCGGACGUGGGUUUUAGGACUUCUCGUCGGGCUGUUAGCCUUUGCUGCUGUGAGGGCCGAGGAUGAAGUGGACGUGGACGGCACUGUUGAUGAGGACCUGGGAAAAAGCAGGGACGGCUCCAAGACUGACGACGAGGUUGUACAAAGGGAGGAGGAAGCCAUCCAGCUGGAUGGAUUGAAUGCUGCCCAGAUUAAGGAACUCCGGGAAAAGUCUGAGAAGCACGUCUUUCAAGCGGAGGUCAACCGCAUGAUGAAACUGAUCAUCAACUCCCUAUACAAGAAUAAGGAGAUCUUCCUCAGGGAAUUGAUCUCCAACGCUUCCGACGCCCUGGAUAAGAUCCGUUUGUUGUCACUCACUAACGAUGACGCGCUGGCCACCAACGAAGAGCUGACCAUCAAAAUUAAAUCUGACAAGGAGAAAAAUAUGCUCCACAUCACGGACACGGGCAUCGGCAUGACUAAAGAUGAGCUGGUGAGGAACCUCGGCACCAUCGCCAAGUCGGGCACCAGCGAGUUCCUCAACAAGAUGACAGAGAUGCAGUCAGAGGACCAGUCGACUUCGGAGCUGAUUGGACAGUUCGGCGUGGGCUUCUACUCUGCCUUCCUGGUAGCUGACAAGGUCAUUGUCACCUCGAAGCACAACAACGGCACACAGCACAUUUGGGAGUCUGACUCCAACCAGUUCUCGGUCAUCGAGGAUCCCCGCGGAGACACUCUGGGCCGAGGGACCACCAUCACAUUGGUAAUGAAGGAGGAGGCCUCAGACUACUUGGAGCUUGAGACCAUUAAAAACCUCGUCAAGAAGUACUCGCAGUUCAUCAACUUCCCCAUUUAUGUUUGGGCCAGCAAGACUGAGACUGUGGAGGAACCCAUUGAUGAUACUGAGGCAACAGAGGAACCAGAGAAGGAAGCUUCUGAAGAUGAGGCUGAAGUUGAGGAAGAGGAGGAAGAAAAAGACAAACCCAAGACUAAAAAAGUUGAGAAGACUGUGUGGGACUGGGAGCUGAUGAAUGACAUCAAGCCCAUCUGGCAGAGACCAGCAAAGGAGGUUGAGGAUGAUGAGUACCAUGCUUUCUACAAGACCUUUUCCAAGGACAGUGACAAUCCUCUGGCUCACAUCCAUUUCACGGCUGAGGGAGAGGUAACCUUCAAGUCCAUCCUGUUUGUGCCCACCGCUGCUCCCCGUGGCCUCUUUGAUGAAUAUGGCUCAAAGAAGAACGACUACAUCAAGCUUUUUGUUAGGAGGGUUUUCAUCACGGACGACUUCAACGACAUGAUGCCUAAAUAUCUCAACUUUGUCAAGGGAGUGGUUGAUUCUGAUGACCUUCCGCUUAACGUGUCCCGAGAAACUCUUCAGCAGCACAAGCUUCUCAAGGUGAUCCGUAAGAAGCUGGUGCGCAAAACUCUCGACAUGAUCAAGAAGAUAGCGGAGGAGCAGUACAACGAUAAGUUCUGGAAGGAGUUCGGCACAAACAUUAAGCUGGGAGUCAUCGAGGACCACUCCAACCGAACGCGGCUUGCCAAGCUGCUGCGCUUUAGCACAUCCAAUAGCGAGACUGUUCUGUCAAGCCUCGAGCAGUAUGUGGAGCGCAUGAAGGAGAAGCAGGACAAGAUUUACUUCAUGGCUGGCACAAACAGGAAGGAGGCUGAGGCCUCCCCAUUUGUGGAGAGGCUGCUGAAGAAGGGCUACGAGGUGAUCUACCUGACAGAGCCCGUGGACGAGUACUGCAUCCAGGCCCUGCCAGAGUUUGACGGCAAGCGUUUCCAGAACGUGGCCAAGGAGGGCAUCAAGUUUGACGAGAGCGAAAAGGCCAAGGAGAAGCGUGAGGCGCUGGAGAAGGAGUACGAGCCACUCACCACUUGGCUCAAGGAUAAGGCCCUCAAGGACAAGAUUGAGAAGGCAAUCUUGUCUCAGCGGCUGACAAACUCUCCGUGUGCGCUGGUUGCCAGUCAGUACGGCUGGUCAGGGAAUAUGGAGAGGAUCAUGAAGGCACAGGCGUAUCAGACCGGAAAAGAUAUUUCAACAAAUUACUACGCCAGCCAGAAGAAGACAUUAGAAAUCAACCCCAAGCAUCCCCUCAUCAAGCAGAUGCUCAAACGUGUCAAUGACGACGCCGAGGACCAGACUGCGUCAGAUCUGGCAACCGUACUUUUUGAGACGGCCACUUUGCGGUCAGGCUAUCAGUUGGCUGACACAAAGGCUUAUGGCGACAGGAUAGAACGGAUGCUGAGACUCAGCAUGAACAUACCUCUGGAAGAGCAGGUAGAAGAGGACCCUGAGGAAGAACCUGAAGAGGAGACGGCGGAAGACUCCGACGAAGCUGAAGAGAAGGCAGAUGAGGACAUCGUGGACGAAGAGGUUGCUACAGAAAAAGAUGAACUGUGA